GGCUGGGCUUGGGCUGAGGCCGAGGGAUGGCGAACGUGCGGGUGGCCGUGAGGGUCCGACCUCUCAGCAAGAGGGAGACCAAAGAAGGGGGAAGAAUUAUCAUGGAAGUUGAUGGCAAAGUGGCAAAAAUCAGAAAUUUAAAGGUGGACAAUCGACCAGAUGGCUUUGGUGACUCCCGGGAGAAAGUGGUGGCAUUUGGCUUUGAUUAUUGCUACUGGUCUGUCAACCCAGAGGACCCCCAGUAUGCAUCUCAGGAUGUGGUGUUCCAAGAUUUGGGAACCGAAGUACUGUCUGGAGCUGCCAAAGGCUACAACAUAUGCCUUUUUGCCUAUGGGCAGACAGGCUCUGGGAAGACAUAUACCAUGCUGGGGACCCCAGCCUCUGUUGGGUUGACGCCACGGAUAUGUGAGGGUCUCUUCAUCAGGGAGGAAGACUAUGCCCCACUGCCUUCCUCUUGUAGGAUAAAAGUAAGUUUUCUGGAAAUCUAUAAUGAACGAGUGCGGGAUCUACUGAAGCAAUCUGAUCAAAAAAAGUCCUACAGUCUGCGGGUCAGGGAGCACCCAGAGAUGGGGCCCUAUGUACAAGGUUUAUCUCAACAUGUAGUUACCAACUAUAAGCAAGUAAUUCAACUCUUGGAGGAGGGAAUAGCAAACAGAAUCACAGCAGCCACUCAUGUUCAUGAAGCCAGCAGCAGAUCCCAUGCCAUCUUCACUAUCUACUAUACACAGGCAAUCCUGGAGAACAACCUCCCCUCUGAAAUUGCUAGCAAGAUCAACCUUGUGGACCUAGCAGGCAGUGAAAGAGCAGAUCCCAGUUACUGUAAGGACCGGAUUACUGAAGGAGCCAAUAUCAACAAGUCUCUUGUGACUCUGGGAAUUGUCAUCUCCACUUUAGCCCAGAAUUCUCAAGCAUUCAGCAGCUGCCAGAGCCUCAACAGUGCAGCCAGUGAUGGUGGUGACAGUGGGAUCCCUAGCUCUCCUUCUGGGACAAGCAGUGGAGGGGGGCCCUCUCGGAGGCAGUCUUAUAUCCCAUACCGGGACUCCGUGUUGACCUGGCUGCUGAAGGACAGCCUUGGCGGCAACUCCAAAACUAUCAUGGUUGCCACUGUGUCUCCUGCACAUACUAGCUACAGUGAGACCAUGAGCACACUGAGAUAUGCAUCUAAUGCCAAACACAUCGUCAACAAGCCUCGGGUAAAUGAGGAUGCCAAUAUAAAACUGAUCCGAGAACUCAGGGAGGAGAUCAGAAGACUAAAAGCCAUGCUGUUGAGCUUCGAACUGAGAAACUUCAGUUCAUUGAAUGAGGAAAAGGAUGAGAAUCUGAAGGAGCUGGUUCUCCAAAAUGAAUUGAAGAUAGACCAGCUGACUAAAGACUGGACCCGGAAGUGGAAUGAGUGGAAGGCCCUCCUGGAGCAUUACAGAGUGGACAUCAACAGGAGGCGGGCUGGAGUGGUCAUUGACUCCAGUCUGCCACACUUGAUGGCCUUGGAGGAUGAUGUACUCAGCACAGGAGUCGUGCUGUAUCACCUCAAGGAGGGGACAACAAAAAUAGGAAGGAUUGACUCAGAUCAGGAACAGGACAUUGUUCUGCAGGGGCAGUGGAUUGAGAGAGACCACUGCACUAUCACGAGUGCCUGUGGGGUAGUCAUUCUGCGGCCUGCCCAGGGGGCCCGCUGCACAGUCAAUGGCCGGGAGGUCACUGCCUCCUGUCGUCUGACCCAAGGAGCAGUCAUAACGCUGGGGAAAGCACAGAAGUUCCGAUUCAACCACCCAGCAGAGGCCGCUGUCCUGCGGCAGAGAAGGCAGGUUGGAGAGGUUGUCGGUGGCAAUGGCUCUUUGGAAUGGUUGGAUUUGGAUGGAGAUGUCACUGCCUCCCGGUUGGGUCUCUGCCCUUUGCUUUGGAAGGAGAGGAAAGUGCUGGAAGAGCAGAGCGACCAGGACCGCCAGCCACUGGGGGCUGGAGAGGCGCCCCACAGGGCCCCGAUUCAGCACCAGCACUACAUGGGGGAUUUGAGGCAGCGGAUCCUAGCAGGACAGAUUAGAGCCAGACAGGAACUGGAGUUCGACCAAGCACACCUCAGCCGGCAAAUUAAAGACAACCAGCAGUGGCUGCUCAUAGAAGAGCCCCGGCUGGCUGGCUUGCAGCAGCAGCAACAGCAACAGCAGCAAGACCACAUCGCAGAGAAAGAAUUCGAGGCUUGUGUGCGACCUGGUGCUUGGCUCCAGACAGAUCUUGAGACUCCGCCUCCCCCACUGGUCCGAAGUCAGAAGAGGGAGGUACGACUGCAGCUGGGGCGCAGGAACGUGCUUCGGGCAGCACAGAGGGACAUCCGGCGAAGAAAAGCCUCCUUCCAGCUAGAGAGAAUCAUCAAGAAGCAGAGGCUGCUGGAGGCCCAGACAGGACUGGAGCAGCCCAAGGCAUUGUGUGGGCUCCAGGAUGACCACACCCAGAAGCCCCCAUACCGGCUCCCUGGUGCUGGUGCCAUGGUCCGAGAAUCUCAACACAGAAGCAGACUGACAGAUUGCCAUUCUUUGAGCCUCCAGAGGCUCUGCAGCCAGUAUUUGCCCAGGCUACACAGUAUUUUCCUGAGUCGAGAUCCCUCCACCAUGGUACCUCCUUUGCCUGAUCCUACUGACCAAAUGUCAGAGACAAUUCCAUCAGAAGAAUAUUUGCCCCAGGCUGCUUCUUACCCUCCAAGGACAGGGCAUUUCAGCAAGAAUGCCCUCUGUUCCUCAGGCAAGGGGCAUUUCUGCAAAGCCAGGGGGGCCUUGGCAAGGAAAGGAGCCUCAGCCUCAGGCACCUGUCUCACUGUGAGUUCUGAGUCUGCCAGCAUCCAGGAAAUGGAGAGCGUGGGUAAGCAGCCCUGUUGGAUGGUGUCCCAGAGCUUAGCAUCUCUUGACCAUUCAGCUAACAAGCUAAAGCCAAAGGAUGAGCCAGAAGCACUCAGCCCUUCCACCUAUACCAGGAGGGGUAGGGGACUAGCAGACUCUGACCACACACGAUCAGGGUGGCAUAAAGAAGGGAACGUUGGGACCCACAAGACUGCUAAGGGAGCCAGAUGCAGUUCCUCACAUCCCUGUGGACCCAGACAGGCAUCUGGGCAUGGAAAGGCAGCCAAGACUUUCUGGGUAGAAUCCAAACCACCUUCUUCAAGCAAGGCAUCAAAAAGGCAGCAGAGGGUGCUGGUAGCUAGGGCCAGAGACAUUGUCAGAAAUUCCUCUUGUUUGCCUCAUGGCAGCUCUUUGAGGAGGCAGCACAGUGCAGGAGACCCAGAUUCCACAUCCUCACUCACCGAUUGCAGCCCAAGAGUGGAUCUUGUAAGAGAGAAAGAUGGUGACUUAUCUGAUGCGGAUAGCAGUUACUCAGUGGACUCUCUCUCCUAUGUCUAUGCCAAAGCCCAAAUGGAGCCACUGAAGCCAGAGGACCUCCAGGGGAAGGAACAGGAUCUCCCAGAGUCAGAGAACUCCGAAAGUGAUGACAGCCAAAUAUCUGAGGACUCGCUGGCUGAGAAAGGAUAUGAAAGCCUGCCAGACAGCUCAGGGAGCAGUUAUCUCACCAACCACCACGGCCACCCCAGGGCCAGAGCUAAAGUCCCUGUGAGGGGCUUCACCAUGUCCUCAGACAGUGAACUAUUCACCCAAACUUGCAGGAGCUUUUUCCUGGAUAGCCUUAUUGAUGCCAAGGAGGAACUGGGGGAAGAUCAGCAAGAGCCUUUCUUCAGUUCAGCUGAUGAGAUGCCUGCAGAGACAUUUUGGCACCUGCAGACCUGCAGUCUGCCCAUAGUGGACCAGGAGGCAAUGUGCAGGCUUGGUCCCAUCAACCAUAGAACAGGAACCAGGCUGGAUGCCAUCCUGCCAAUGAGCAGUUCAUUUUACCUUGGCCCCCCACCCCAGCCUCACUGUGAACAACCUGAGUCGGAGGUAGAGGUGAGCUCCUCUGAACAGGCAAACACACUCCAAGGCCUGCAGCUUUCAAGAGGGAGCCCUCUGUUGUCCAUGGAUUCCUGGUUUUCCUGUGACUCUAAGAUCAAUUCCAGCAGCCCUUCAGGAAUAGUGGGUUCCUUAUGUCCGAGUCCUGAUAUCCAGGAAUUUCAACCCCAGGGUCAGGAGAGGCCUGGACAAUGGCAAAAUAUGGAAGAACUCAAGCCAUCAAGGGCAGAAACACUCCUGCCUUAUAACUCCAAAGUACCCCAAGGCGGCGCUGAGCUGCCUUGCCAUAUAAGAGGUGUGUACACAAUCCCUGCCUCUGAUACAUCCAGGCUGUCAUUCUGGGGGUCGUACAGCCUUCUUCAGCCACGAGUUGCUGGCAUCUUUCGAGCCAGAGGUACCCCUGAUACAGCCCAGCAGGGCAACUCGGAAGCAUCCAACACCUCUAGCCUAUCAAGUGUUUUGGCUGCCUCUGCCGCCUCAUUAACUCAUGUAGGCAGUGCACCUGAGAGGGACUGGGCUGCCCUUCAGCAGAAGUACCUCCUUGAAUUGUCUCAUCCUGUUCUGGAGGCUGUGAGAGAGCCCAGGCCAGCUUUCCCCUCCCUUGAAGAAGACUCCACUUCCUUGACCCAAGCUUCUGGCAAAGAAACAGAUAGUGUGUUGCCAGUUGGUUUUGGGGUAUCCAGCAGUCUGCAUUUCAGCACCUUUCCUCUCCAUUUUUCCAAAAUUAGGCAUUUGAGAGCAGAGAAAGAACAGGACAGUCUGAGCGCUGAGACAGAAGGUACUUCAGAUUUCCUUACAACUAGAGAGAAAGAGGUGAGUCAUAGUGGCACUUACUCAGCAGAUGUAGAAUCAUUGACUUCUGGAACUAUAAAUGCACCAGUCUUUGUAGCCGAGAACAAGGUGGCAAAUUCCAUGACACAAGCACGUGAAGACAAGCAGAACAGUUUGGAAGAGUCUUCACAGAGUAAUGGGAAGCCUGGACUGAUGACUUCCUCUGAUGAAUGGUUCUUCCUCAAGAGCCCUUGUCACAGUAAUGCCACCAUAGCCACUAAAGAAAACCAUGGGCCCCGGGGCUGGGCUCCUCUCAGAAAGAAUAGUGCAGGCCAGGAGGGGCACUUAAGUCACAGCAGCUACCUGCCCCUCCAGGAGGAGAAGGUGAACUAUCAGGAGAGCUCCAGGGAAGUGGUUGGAAGGCACACUAGCGUUUCAUUCGCGUCAGGUCCAGAGCCAUACCCCCACUCUGCUGCCUGGAAUCCAUUCCUGUCUUCCUUGAAGCCACCCCCCUUGGAGACAUUCUAUGUGACCAAAAGCCGGGAUGCCCUGACAGAAACUGCCUUAGAGAUUCCGGCUUGCAGAGAAUCAAGAGUGCCUUCCCCACCCCCCAGGGAAGCCUGGGGCUUUGGUCAUGACCACCAGGUUCUCCACAAUGUUUAUGUGAAGAAUAAUUUGCCAGUGCUGUUACAAAACCACAAUUCCAAGAUUCCCUCAUCUCAGCAGGUCACAGCAGGGAGGCCAGUUCAUCUGAACACCAAGGAAGUUAUCAGAAAAAUGGGGAAAUGCCCUGGAAAUACUGAAGAAGAAAGCCAUAAUUCAGUUUAUCUUUUUGUUGGUCAGAACAGACAUUUUCUUUCAUCUAGCACAAAGGUAUGUGAAUUUGAAAAUCAAGUUGGAAUUUUAAAUGAACACAGUCUUUCAGCACUUGAGGAAAAAGAAAAGGCCACAAUACAGUCCUAUUGCAAUGUUUCCUCAAACCAUUGUAGGUCUGGGAGGCCUCUCCAUGUUUGUGAGUCUGAGGCAGAUGGGGAAGAAGAGCAGGAUCACCAUGUAGUCCUAAGACAGACACAGGCGUUUGAUAUGAACAGACAGCUUCCUUCCGGGGCCAGGUCUGAUUUCAUCUAUAAAACCAUCAAUUUAGCCCUUGACAAGGACAUGCUGGGGGAAACUGCUGUUUCUUUGCAGUCUAAAUCAGUAUGUCAUAGAGUAAGAGGCCCAGAGAUGAUGGCCCAAGAUGAGAGUCCAGCCCACAAGGGUGGGGGGAAAGCAGAGGGGAAGAGUGAAUCUGGGCUUCUUGGGAAAUCUCUCCAUUCCAAAGGCUGCUCAAAAGAGUUUAAGCUUCCACAGACAGAGUCUACAUAUGAAAGAUUCCGGUCAGUUAUAAGCUCUCAGGAAAAAAACCUGAGUGAAUGCAAGGGCUCUGGAAGAUCACAAGAAACGUUAAACCCCAAAGAAGAACCUUCUGGAAGAAAACAGAAUAAAAGAGUUAACAGUGCUGAUGAAAUGGCCAGGCUAAUUAGGAGUGUAAUGAAGCUGGAAAAUGGCAUCUUAGAAAUUGAAUCCAAGCAAAAUAAGCAGCUAUAUGCUCCUCCCACACAGGGAGUCAGUAAGGAGUCUGUGUUCCAGGACCAGAGGGACCGGGAGAUGGCUGACUGUGCCCUGAGGUCAGGCAGCUCUGGGAACCACCUGUCUUUCAAGGAUCAGCCAUCUUCUCCAAAACAGAUAGAUGAUAUUACCUUUAGGGAUAGUGAAGCUGGAGAAAUGGAGGUUAACAAUAGCAUUGGGAAAGGUCCCCAAGUCCGAAAAAUCAUCUUGAGCCCCUUCAAGUUAAGGGAAUGUAUACAAGACAUUAAGUUUAUGACAGAGCACACUCCCCCAGCUGUAUUAGACAGACCAUCCUGGGACACUUGUGAUUGCGUAGGGACAUGUACAGCUGGUAGAGGGUUCGCAGACACUUGCGGUAAUCCAAGAACUGAGGCAUCAGCUAGUGCUCUGCCAUCGCAGCCCAGAUUGAAGAUGUCUUCUGAGAAGGAGAGCAAGGCAGGGAAUGCAUCUGCAUGCCCCAGAGGGCAGCCCUGUAGCUUGGGAGGUCUUGAGGAUCUGGAAACUGUGAAAGAUUUUCAGGAGAGCCAAGUUGCCAAACAUGUAAGUAGUUCUAAGCAAAAGGGGCCAAAAGCUCAAGGCCGAGUUGAGGAAAUGAUUGUGCGAACGGGAGGGAGCCUACUGGAGGAAGACAAAAUGGUCUCAUGGACUCAGAAAGUUCCUAGCCCAAGCCCACAUUGUGUGAGCACAUCUUUUAGCCAGGAGACUGGCCCAUUGCUGAGCCAGCCAGAUUCCUCUGUGGCUCCUCACAGAGACCUGAGUGGUACCUUGCCUUUGGAUUCUGCAAGGCUACCAAGAAACUAUCUUCACGCAUGUGAUACUGUACACAUUGACUAUGUGCUGGAUCCCACGGUGUUCAAAAUGACUGACAGUCCCUUGGUAACUGGAGCAGGGCGUCAAGACCAGAGUGGAGAGCCCCGAAGCUAUAGCCCUCAGGGAGAUGUUAGAGGGGGCUUUUCCUUGGCACACACUGCUUGGUGUGAGUCUGUGAUAGCUACGGCCAUGGCAUCUCAUGGUCAGUUCCAUGUACCAGAGAGCAUUUCCCUGGGGGCAGAGAGCAGGAGAUCACCAAGCACUCAAGAUGAAGGAGGGGACCUCAGAAGCAUCGUGAUGGGCUUGAGUCCCAGGAAGAAUUUUGCUUCUGAAGCUGAGGCAGCUGUGCAAAGAGGAUCAGAAAGAGCCAGUCCUCUGAAAAGGGGAUUUAGCCCACUUGAAAAGACCAGCUGCCUCUUAGAAGAGGGUAACAGUCAAGGCCAGCAGGCUAAGCAGAAGGCAGAGAAGGAAGCCAAGGACCUCAGUCCUGCUGGUGGUGGUUUCUCAGCACCUGUGUCCCUGCCGAGGGUGCAUCACCCAGAGCACUGUGCUCAUACAUCUACGGACCUGGCUGUGUUAGAGGAGAUCAGACAAGCAAAGGCCCAGGGAAAGCAGCUUCAUGGCUUAGGGGCUGAUGGCAAUGUUCUUCCUUACUAUGUGACUUUAUUAGAACCUGAACAUUCUUCAGGGGCCCGUGGUAGGCCUCAGUGUCCACAAAGGGACCAGUCGGUGUCAGAUAGGACCAGGAAUGAGGAUGAAGCACAAGGAUUUUAUGUGACAUCACUCUCUGCUGAACCAGGACAUCUGUCGACUGACGAGGCCACACCCCUCCCUGCAGACAGCUUUCAACAUCUGCCCAACACUGAAACUAAAACAGGGCCAUGGCAUCCCUCACAAACUUCCUCCCAUGCAGCCCCUGUUCCAGGCAAAAGCCAUUGUACUGGAGAACGGAGACAUUUUCUGGGAGCUGGUGAACAGUUUGUAUGUCACUGUAGCUCUUCUGAAAUCAGAGAGAAAAAGAAAAAAGCAACCGGAACACCUUCCUCUGCUGAUCCUGUGAGCUCAGACAGUUUUCCUUCCACACUGGUAGUGGACAGGAGGGUAAGGUCAGAGAAAGCAGUGGCUGCCUUAUCUUCUUGGGCCCCUUCUGGUGAUCCUGGCAUGAUUCUGUGUGGGGGAAGCCAGUUAGCUCAAUGGGAGACUGCAGAAGGCACACGCCCUGGUGGUCAGGAGACCAACCCAGUGCAUCACGAACCUAGAAUUCUAGAUACCACUUGUGGUGGAGGUUCAGGUAAUUUCUCAGUGGCUGCACAGGGAGGAAAAACAACCUGUUCUGAAAGUGGGCUUGUGACCUGUGAUGUUCAGAAUUCUGUCAGCCUCUCAGGACGUACCCAAGACCAUGGCCGGUGCUUUGAGGCUUCCAUUGGCUUAGAGGAAGGGGGGGCAAGUCCCAAACAGGGUACCAUCCUGCCUGGAGCCCCAAGAAGGGCUGAUACAGAAGCUCCUUCACAGCACCAUUUGAAGUGGGAGGAGAGCGAUGACUGUGGGCUGGCAGAAGCCUGCAGCCCAGCAAACAGUGCCAGCAGCAAACAUCCUAGAUCAACUCCAUUGCCAGAUCAAAGACCUAGCCCUGAUUCUGAAGUUCAGGAGGAGUCCCAGUGCAGACAUCCACAGGAAACUUUAGACCGUGUCGUCAUCUCAGGGAGCAUGGAAGGCAGCAGGGCUCUUAGUCCACCUAGGGGGCAGGAAGACAGUGGAACAUCGCCUUGCUGGCAUCUUUGCAAUCCUCAACCCAUGGAUUCUCGUGCCUGUGCAUCCCCGUCCUAUACUUUAUCGUGUUACAGAGACGGUGACCUGAGGAAGAGGAGUGCCAAGACUGCCCUACAUACUCUCCAGCCACCCUGCAUAGUAUCUUCCAGAGCCUGUGGAAUGGAUGAGACAGCAGAAAGCUAUUCCAGGGCACCUGAAGUGCUCUGGACUCCUGGCCUUGAGCCCAAAGGCAUUCGUGUAGUAUUUGCACCAGCAGACAUCAGUUCUUGGGAGCCUUCCGCUUCCGCUCCUGUCCUAUCUCUGGCUCAAGAGGGCAGCUCCCCUUCUGCCCCUGAUGUGAUGACAUGUUCCUUGAGCCACUCCGUGGCUCAUGGAAGCUCAAGGUCAGGAGAGGAUCCUGAGAAAAAGGUUGCUGAGAAGAAAGCCAGCCUAGAGCCUGAGGCUACCUUUUCCUCUGCAGACAUGUACUCUGAGCCACUGAGGGAAUUUCAGGAUAGCUCUGUAGGUGGCCAGAAUGCACAGGACUCUCAAACCAAGCCAGAACCACCUUUAACAACUGGGAGGCCAUACACCCUGAAUUUAAGUGAAGGGUCUAUUGAGAGUGAGCUUCUGGGGGAACCUCAGCAUGGAUGUUUAGAAGAUGCCAUCCAGUGCCUUCCAGAAAAACCACAACUUUCCACUGAGUCCAGAGAUCACAGUGGAUUGGAUCCCCAAGCCAGGUUUGUAGCAAAGUUAAAACACAUUUCUAGGCACCAAGCUGACAGUCCCUGGGAUGAGGAAGAGCAGCAGAGACACCAGGCUUCGGGUGGUCGGGAAGAGCCUGCCCAGGGCAGGAGCUCCCAACCUUCCCAUGAAGGUGGGUUGGACAGCUGUCGAAUUAUAGAUGCAGGCAGAGAGGAAGCAUCUGUAGCCCAUCUCUCUGUGUCCAAGAUGCUUUCAUCAGGCUUUGAAGACUCAGCCUCCAUGCCUUUGGGGCAGAGUGGAGCCCCAUGGCCCACACCCCAGACCCCUGGCCUGCCUGCCUCUGGCAGGGAGCAGCCGGCUCCCCAUCAUGGGUGCUCACUUCCUGUGAUUUCAGUCUUUUCUGGCCCCAAACACUCCAGGUCCUCCCCCAGACCACAGUUCUCUGUGGUCAGCUCUUCCCGGUCUCUUCAGGAGCUGAAUUUGAGUGUGGAGCCUCCUUCCCCCACAGAUGAAGAUACACAGGAGCCUAACAGAUGGUGGACUCCACAUCCCAGGGGUCAUUUCAAAGGAAAGUCAGCAGCAGGAACAUCUCUGAAAGCUGAGGGCUGCAGUCAGAAAGCCUCAUCUAACUGGGACAUGAGCACUGCUGGUCACCAGCCCCCACAACCUACCAACCCUCCUUACCCAAAGUCCUCAGAUCUUUCUUGCAUGCCAAUCCCUGACUUCAUGACAGGCUGGACAUCUAGUACCCUGCAAGAGUCCUGGCAGGAAAAUCCAGAGAAGUGGCACUCUAGGGUAGACAAAGGAACGUUACACUUUGGCUCCAGGGACAUCAAUCCCUACAUCCUCUCCUCACGUCCAGAGGGUCCUGUGCACGUUGGCUGGAAGCAGUAUGUGUUUGGCAGUGCCGCGGAUGUCUCUUGUACCCAGGGCCCGAUACCAUCAAACAUGGCCCGUUGUUCAAGCAUGGACGAUGGCCUGGAAGACCAGAACUCUCCGCUCCACUCCCACCUCAGCACCUAUGCCAAUGGCCGGGACCUGGGAAGCACACAGAGCAGCAUUAGAAAUGCCCAAGGUUCACAUGAGGCCUGGGAAGUAUGGGGCUCCUCAUUUGCCUUGGGGAGCCCCCACAUCCUGAACACCCCUGAAGGAACAAUCCCCAGUAAGGGUCCUGACAAGAGAGCCCAGACCCUGGGCACUCCUGAUGAAGCAGGCUGUCUGAGGAGUAGGCCCCUGUUGGCAGAAGAAAAUGCUGCAGGUCCAGUAGAUGAGAUUAUGCUUCUGUAUCCAUCAGAGGCAUGUGGCCCUGUGGGGCAGUCCAGGAUGAGCACCUUGGAGCAGGGCACACAGACCCUGGGCUGCAGUGUCUGCUGGAGCUCCACUGACAUCUCUGCUCAGCCAGAAACAAGUGCAGUGCCAGGCUCUGGUCUGGUCUCCUGGACUAGCAUGCACAACCUGUCUCUCCACCUCUCACAGCUGCUACACAGCACCUCGGAGCUGUUAGGGAGUUUCUCCCAGCCAAGUGUGGCUGAAAAGGAGCGGAAGGUCAAGAGGGAGUCCCCAGAUGAGAUGACCCAGGCCCUAAUGAUGGACUGCUGUACUCAGACCACCAUGGAUGAGGGCAUCCAAACUGAACUGGCCUUACCACCUCUGCACCUUCCAACCCCAGAGGCCAACCCUCAGGAGGUCAAUGUGGUCCUUGAAGUGCUGGGCUCAGAUAUCCCCAUCAUGUCUCAAAAAAAGGGACAUGUCACAGGGACCCUUCAGAGGAGAGAGUCAGAGGAAACUGCAUGGAAAAUGGCAGGGCCCUCAGAAUCUCAGGAAGAAAGCCCCCACUUCAGGCCCCAGAGCUUUCCAGCACCCGCAUACCACUCGAGGCUUCAGAAAGCCCACUUUGGGCAGAACCUCCCUUCUGUGAUCCCUCAGGCUUCCCUUAAUGCCUCCCUGCCUCCCAGCGUCCAGGCAGAGGAGCCCUCCUGCCUGGCUGUCAACAGCCCCAGCCUCAAAGGCUCCCACUCCCCAGGGCCCUGCCCCAGUUCUGCAGAGUCUAUGGGGAAUCCUAAGGUCCAGAAGGAGCUGGGCACCGUGGGUACCUUGUUGGUAGACAGGGCCUCCUCCCCAAUACUCACGCUUAGUGUCAGCACCCAAGGAUUGGGGAUCUCCCCAGAUUCUUUGUCUCUCACAGCCCCCUCAGCUUGUCCUCUUGAAGGACGCCAGAAUUUUGUCUCCAGUCCAGACCGUUUCCUUGAUUCCCCCAGGCCUCCAGUGGAUAUUUAUUCUCAAAUUGUUAAUGAGUCCGGUGACUCCCAAAGAGUGGGGGCUCCAUGUGGGGAAGGUGGAAGUCCCUUAGAAAGGAGUGAUGGCAGUUCGCUCCUUGAGGUGAGGUCCCCGGUCAGUCCACCACAGACCCCAAAACUCCAAGUCUGUUUCAUAGAGCAGCCCCCUCAGCAGCUUCAGCCCAAGACCACCACCUUGGUCCAAAGCAGACCACCACCACCCUCACUGAGGUGCCAGAGUCCGAAUCUGGCUGAUGACUUCGUGCCUGAGGACGUGGCUUCCUUGGAGUGUGGCUCGCUGAGCAGUAGGGAGCCAAGUGAAUGGCGGAGCAAGACAGAAAAUGAGGGUGAGCCACAACCCACUCUGGACUUUUCCUCUUCAAGAGGAGGCCUUCAUCACCUCAGACCCUGCCCUGUCUCUGAGUUGACUACUACUGCAGGGCUCCAGGGUCCCACUUUGAGCCCUACCUGCCAAUCUGAGGUGCUCCUGAGCUCCAGUUCCCAGGUAUGCAUGGCCGCUGAGCCCCAGCAUCACGGCCUGAGGGACUCCUCAGUGCAUAACAAAGUCAGUCAUUGGAGCGGGGUUCAGGAUGGCUCUCCUGGGGGGCUAGGUGUGGAGUCACUGGGAACCAGGUGUGAUCUUAGCUCUGGAAAACAGGGACAGAAGCCCCUACAAUCUCCUGACAACCAGAGCCAGGAUCCUGAGUGGUCCCAGAGGGAGCAGAUCCCCUUGCAGAUUGGGGCCCAGAACCUCUCACUCAGCACAGAGCUCACAGAAGCGAAGUUGCACCACGGCUUUGGGGAGGCCGAUGCCCUGCUGCAGGUGCUGCAAAGUGGGACAGGGGAGGCACUUGCUGCUGAGGAGCCUCUGCAGUCCACCUGGGAGGAGCUCUUUGCCCGGCAAAAACAAACCAUUGAGGCCCUCCGGAGAGAGCGAGCUGAACGACUUCAGAACUUACACCAGACACGGAACCUCAGCCCCCAGAAACAACUGAGCCUCCUGCCCAACAGGGAUCUCCCCACCCGGGACCUCGGCCUACCCAGCAGGCGCCGAGAAUACCUGCAGCAGCUGAGGAAGGAUGUUGUGGAAACUACCAGGAGCCCAGGGUCGGCAUCACGGUCUGCUCACCCUGCCUCAGACAUAGCGUUGAUGCUGCAAGAAUACCAGCGCGCCCGCGAGGAGGCCAAGGUGGAGAUUGCCCGGGCCCGGACCCGGCUGCAGGAGCGGACCGAGCAGGAGAAGCUGAGAAUCCGCCAGCAGAUCAUCUCCCAGCUACUGAGGGAAGAAGAAAAGCUGCACACACUGGCUGCCUCCAGCUCCCUGUCUGCCAGCUCCAAUGGAAGCCUCUCCUCUGGUCUUACCUCUGGCUACAACAGCAGCAACGCCUUAUUGUCGGACCAGCUCCAGUCCCCAGACAGUGUGGGGGACACACACUUGCCUGAUUCCAGUGACUCCUGGAUAGGGGAUGUUCGGGGACAUUCUGCAGUGAGGAACAGUCAACUGAGCCGCAGAACCUCCCUGGGCAGCUGCUGCUGCUGUCCGUCCAGCCUGUCCAGCCUGGGGGCCUACCCGUCCUCCUCCUAUCAAGAUUUGGCCAAGCACAUCGUGGACAUCUCUAUUGCUGACGUAAUGGCUGCUUGCUCAGGUAACCUGCACAACCUCUUCAGCUGCCAGCCAGCAGCUGGCUGGAACCAUCAGGGGGAGGAGCAGGAGGUGCAUCUUUACUACAAGAUGUUUUCUUCUACUCGGCAUGGCUUCCUGGGGGCAGGCAUGGUUUCCCAGCCACUGUCUCAUGUGUGGGCAGCUGUGAGUGACCCCACCCUGUGGCCGCUCUACCACAAGCCCAUCCAGACAGCGAGGCUGCAUCAGCGGGUGACCAACAGCAUCAACCUUGUGUACUUGGUGUGCAGUACUGCCCUGUGUGCCCUGAAGCAGCCGCGGGAUUUCUGUUGUGUCUGCGUGGAAGCUAAAGAGGGGCACCUGUCUGUCAUGGCGGCUCAGUCUGUUUAUGAUACAUCCAUGCCGAGACCCAGCAGAGACAUGGUCCGAGGGGAGAUCCUGCCCAGUGCCUGGAUCCUACAGCCUCUCACCGUGGAAGGAAGGGACAUCACUAGAGUCAUCUACUUGGCCCAGGUAGAAUUUGGUGCACCGGGCUUCCCCCCUCAGCUCCUAAGCUCCUUCAUCAAACAGCAGCCACUGGUUAUAGCCAGACUGGCUUCCUUCCUUGGGAGUUAG